GAAUGUCAAAGUGGGCUUGUGCAAGUGUGUGUGUGCUCGCCUCGGAGAGCGCAUGCGAACUGAGGCCCACAGGGAAAGCCUUUUCAGAUUUCAGCCAGCUGCCCUGCUGUAAACAGUUCAGCGCUUAAGAGUGGAGGAAGAAGACGAUGGACGCUGGAACACACAAAUCCCCAUCCAAACUACACUCGAAUAUCAACUCUUAGCACUUUCUUAAAGGAACGAGAAGAGGCCAGAGAGGGGUGGACCUUGCUGUCGAGGCUAACAAGCUCCUUUCCAAGUGCUGCUUGUGCUUCGUUUCCUCUCGGCUUGGGAGUAAAGGGCAUGCUGCACCAGAGGGGUGUUCUCAAUCAAACUAUCUGACCCUUGGGGUUAACUAAAAUCAGGCUCUGUGAGGCUCGCUGGAGGAGAGAGGGAACAGCAGUUAGCAUAAGGCUACUGUGGGGCUGCUGCACUGAUCGCACACAGCAGCAGGAGGGAAGAGGAGAUGGCCACAGGAGAAAUCACCACUCUACCCGCCACACCUGAAGAUGGAGGCAGUGGCGGCUUCCUUCCAGGAAACUUUAAGGAGCCCAAGAGGCUGUACUGUAAAAACGGAGGGAACUUCUUGAGGAUAAACUCUAACGGAAGCGUGGACGGGACCAGAGAGAAGAACGACCCCCACAAUAAGCUUCAACUCCAGGCGACCUCAGUGGGGGAAGUAGUGAUCAAAGGGGUCUCAGCCAACCGCUAUCUGGCCAUGAAUGCAGAUGGAAGACUGUUUGGAGCGAGACGGAUAACAGAUGAAUGCUACUUCAUGGAGAGGCUGGAGAGUAACAACUACAACACCUACCGCUCUCGGAAGUACCCUGACAUGUAUGUGGCACUGAAACGGACUGGCCAGUACAAGUCAGGAUCCAAAACUGGACCCGGCCAAAAAGCCAUUCUCUUUCUCCCCAUGUCGGCCAGACACUGAGCUCAGCUCGUC